UUGACACCUAGCACGGCUACCUCUGCAGGAUAUAUAAUCAGAAAACCAGGUAGCUCAAUGGUAGCAGACAGAUUGGCGACCGACGAGAUACUUUCGUUUGGAAUAAAAAAUUUCUUUACAUCUUUGUGCGGUUCAUUCAUUCAAAUCGGUCGUGUACGUUGUUAAUCAACAAGUACAAAACAUAAAAAACUGUUAAAGUAAUUGUGCAUUGGUGAAGUGUAUAUUAAGUUCUUUGUGUUUGGAUUGUUAAGAAGUUUAAGGUUAUUCCAACUUCACUUCCCGCUCCCCUAUAUUCUUGAUUGGUCCAUUAGGAACAAUAACAAUAUGUGGUGUCGGCAGAGCAUAGCAGAGAAAACAACAGUUAGGAAGGCUGCCCAACCAUUAAUAGCUAUUAUAGCUUUGACACUGAUUGGGGAUGUGGUAGCAUGUGGAAGAACAAUGCUAAGGACAAGAAGUAUAUCUCAAUACAACAAACAGUUAAUAUUGGACUUACAUAAUGCAAUGAGGCAGUCGAUUGCAUUAGGACAAAUAGGAGGUCAACCUCCCGCUGCUAACAUGAUGGAAAUGAAAUGGGAUGACGAACUAGCCAGUCGAGCACAAAAAUGGGCAGAGUCCUGCUACUCUGAAGACCACGAUAGAGAUCGAGAUGUUUCUAGAUUUCCUGUAGGACAAAACAUAGCAACAACAUGGACCACCAAACCUCCUUCUAAUUACUACGACACUGAUCCAGAUUUUGCAGACGCCAUUACGAAAUGGUUCAACGAAUUCAAAGUGUUUAACUUUGGUGCAAUAGGGCGAGGAAGCACCGGACAUUACACUCAGAUGAUCUGGGCAGAAACAAAUCUGAUUGGUUGCGGAUAUGCAUUUUAUUACGAUCCCUCCAAAGGAUACACCAAAAACUAUAUAUGUAACUAUGGUCCAGGGGGAAAUGUGUUAGGGCAACCGCCCUACGCGAAGGGAUACCCAAACUGCAAUGAAAAUGGAUUAACCGAUUCCACUAGAUUCUCUGGACUCUGUGAUAAACCUUCGCAAUCCUCAACUCAGACCGACACGUUCUACUUUAGUGUUAGUAACUAUCUUGGAGGAAGAUAAAAGAAAAACUCAAGUUGAAUGAAUAUUUUAUUAUACUUGAAACCCGCUGGAGGAUGCCAUCCAGUUUUAUGAAUACCUUAUCAAAAAGAAAAUUUAGUUUUGAGGAUGUUGAAAAUUAUUUUUAUUGGAAAGACUUACAGAACUCGUACAGUAUUUUUAAUUUAGUGGUAACAACAGUUCUUUUAUACGAAACGUAAAUGGGUGAUUCCAUCUAAACUCGUAGUUGUUAAAAAAUAUGCACACAAAACUUUUACUUCCAUAAAAAUAAAAUUGUUAAAAUACGUGAUUUUCAUUUCUGAAGCAAGUUUAUUUUGAUGAAUUAUAUCGAUAUAUAAUCAAGCAUUGAUGAGGUUCUGAAACUAUUUUCUUGUGGUAUAUUCCAGUUAAGAUUGUAUUUAUAUGUGAUUAAACCAACAUUGGCUGUAAUAAAAAUUACAUUUUACAUUUUUUGUUUUUCGCCAUUGAACCAUUGAGCCAUUGUCCAGUGUUUUGCUUCAGAUCAACUGAUUAUCUAAGUCAGUGUUUUUCAAUCUGUGGGUCGCAACCUCUACGGGGGUCGCGAAGCCUUACUCGGGGGUCGCCGACUGAAAGAAAAAGUUGAGGUUCUUACACAAAAAAAAACACAAUUUAAGUGGGAAGGAUGUGCGUGUUUAUUUUUCAAAAGUUUAUCAAAUUGUGGUGCUAUUUUUGAAACGUUAAUAAUAUAAUCAUUUUCGAAUUGAAGUCUAUUUCUCUUUUUAGUUUUAAUGUCUACCAUUGAAGAAAAUGUCCGUUCACACAAAUAUUAAGUGGUGAAUUUCACUAAUAAUUUAAAAGCUUCCCUCACCAGCUUGUUGCCGGAGCAAAUUGGUGUUUUCUUGUCAUCCAAAAUAGGUUGACACUUUUUUACGUUAACUUACUCGAAUAAAAUUUCAUUUUAAGCAUUCCAGCAGCAGCUAAAUCUAGAGGACCUUCUUUCAUUUUUAUUGCGCCAUCAGUCUUAUCAGUUUAAAAUACACCUACGCCCAUUGUCAGCUUUAGAGUGCAAGUCUGAAAAGUAUGUCAAAAGUUGCUCUUGUAAAUUAUGCAAUAUCUGUAUCAUGCAAGAAAUUUGAGCCGAUACUGCAAAACUUUUGUCUGUUGCAUUAUCUUCAACAAUCUUCUGAACACAUGGAAAAGAUUCAAACAUUUUGUUUUGCAGAAAGGUUGACCACAAACAAAGUUUUGCGUGAAGUGAUUUUAGUUUAUCUUUAGCUGUUAAAAUAUUUUCUUCCGUUCCUUGAAGGUUCUUGUUCAAAUUGUUAAGGUGGUUAAAAAGAUCUGCCAGAAAUGCUAAUUUCAAGAGCCAAUAGGGUCAGAAAAACGAUAAGAAUAUUUAUAUUUUGCAUCUUGUAAGAACAUUAACAAUUCAGCUCUCAGUUCCAAAACUCUUGUCAAUACCUUUCUUUUGGAUAGCCACAUGAACUUUGUGUGAUAAACGAGAUUUUGAUGAAUCGAGUCUGUAUCGUCACAAACGAUUCUGAGUAGCGGGGUUUGCAAAGCUUUACCUUUGAUAGAAUUCACAAUUUUUACUAACUUCUUAAGCAAGUCAUUUAAAUCAGAAAGUACUACCUUAACAGCUAGAGUCUGCCGAUGAAGAAAACAGUGUGUCCAGGCGUGUUGGCAUUAUCGAUUUUAUUUUGCAAGGAGUCUGCUAUUUUUGCAGUCGUAGCUUUAGCGCCAUCGCUACAAAUAGCGAUACAUUUUUUCCAAUUAAUAUUGUAGUCGCAAGUGCUUUCUAAAAACAUGUCGUAUAAACACUGGCCAGUAAUAUUUGCAGGAAGUGCUUUGCAAAGUAAGAUUUCUUCCGAGAUACUGUCAUCUGCGUCAAAGCGCACAAAUACUACAAACUGUGCACAGUCAAACUGCAAACCAAAAUGUUGGCUGUUCAUUAAUUUUUGGCCUUGCGAAUAACAUACAAAUGUUGUUCUAAAGCUAUUUCCUUCUGGCAUUUUUGUAAUCAACUACUCUAAAUAACGUAAUGUACCAAAAUAGGAAAAAAUCAUUACCUAACGUAUGUAGACUGUUAAUUAAAUUUUUUCUUUGGCUUUCUAUGACACCAGGUGGUCGCCAAAAUAUUUCAACCUGUAAAGGGGUCGCGAAAUCAAAAAUAUUGAAAAACACUGAUCUAAGUUAUGGUCUUCAUAUCUCACACACGUGAUUCCAUGGCAUUCAAUGUAUAAUUGUGUUGUAACCAAUUUUUUUAUCUCAGCAGAGAACCAACAACUUUCCAUUAUAUGGAAAUAGAAAUCCAUUAUAUGGAAAUAAUAGACUAUAGUUAAUAAAGCUUAAACUCUCGACCUAAGAAGACAAUUACCUUACUCAACACAAUUUUUAAAACUUCCAAUAAGAAUAUUCGAAAAUAAGAUCUAUGGUUAUGUGUGGUCUGUCUUAUUGUAUGGUUGUGAGACAUGGACGUUAGAGACCACAAUGUUAAACAAAUUAAAAGCAUUCGAAUUGUGUUGCUAUCGACGAAUCCUAAAGAUAUCGUUGGUUUCGCACACUUCCAAUGAAGAUGUUCUUCAAUUGAUGAAUUCAGAACGUCUGCAUCAUAUAAGCAUCAUAAAGAGGAGAAAAACAGAAUACUUCGGCCAUAUAAUUCAAGGACCUAAAUACCAUCUGCUUCGCCUUAUAAUACAAGGAAAAGUGGAGGGAAAGAGAUGGAUUGGUCGAAAGAAACUUUCAUGGCUGCGUAAUAUUAGACAAUGGUGUGGCUUCACAGUAGAAGAAAUAUUUCGCGCAGCAGCCGAUAGAGAACGGUUUCAGAAAAUUGUAAAGAUGAUAACGGCCAACGUCUGAAUACAGACGCGGCACCUAAAGAAGAAGAAUGAUAAGAUAUAUGAAAAUACAUAAUUAUUAAUGAAGAACUACAAGGCUUUUCACAAAGUAGGUCAACAUUAGACGCACAAAUACUGAGAAUAUUGGCAUAUAAAAUCCUGCCUAUAGGUAUUUUGUAGAUUUGACUAAAGCAUUAGAAGAUUAGAUUAGAUUAGAUUAGAUUAGGUUAGAUUAGAAGAUAUGCUAAAAUUACUAAAACAAACAAAAGAACAGCAAAAUUUCGCAGAUAAUUAAAUACAUUAACGCAAAAAACAAAAAGUUACAGAGAUAAGUAAGAUAACUGGGAGCGAAUGGUACAAAUAUUCAAAACAACGAAGGCGACAUAACAGUAUUAACAUCAAAAUUUCUAGUAAUGGCUCUCCCUUUCUCUAACUGUUCAGUCCUGACCCCGGAGAAUAUGUAAUGGUCAUCCUGUUGUCGUGUUACACAACAUUUUAUAGCCUCCUAUGUUACUUAUGGUGUAUCCUUACGAAUAAGGAACAAACAUUUUUGCACUUCUUGUGGAAAGUCGUCCGUCUUUCUUAGUUCUAUCUAUCUUCUUUCUCUCUCUCUCCAUUUGUUGGGGUUUGAGCUUUAGCUACGAGGAGAGUAUGAUCUCAUCCGCAUAUUACCCCUGGAUACUUUCUCAUUAUUUGGAUUGAUGAUGUUCAACGAAUUUUACUGAGGAUGUAAUCAAUUUGAUUUCUAGAUCUAUCUCCAGGACUUUUCCAAAUAUAAAGCCGGUUAUCCUGGUACUGCCGCUGGCUGCUGUCCUUCCUCAGAAAUAUUUAACGACCUUCCAGUCGAGAUGUGGCCGUAU